UAACAUACCAACAUAAUGUCACGGCGAGUCCGAGAUUAUGUGGUUUUGGUUACCGGAAGUUCAGGCUUUCUCGGGCAGCAUAUGGUUGGGUUGUUGCACAAUUACACUGAUCACGUGACAGAGAUACGAGUUCUGGAUACACAACCAUACAUCAACAAUACGGAGUAUGAAGCUAAGAAGCCAAUGAGACAAUACGUUGGAAGUAUUCUGGAUCUGGAAUUCAUGACAGAGGCAUGUAAAGGUGUCGACUGUGUGAUACACCUAGCAAGUCUUAUUGAUAUUACAUUGUUUGCUGACUUUGAGCGAAGCUAUAAAAUCAACGUAGAAGGUACGAAAACAGUGAUAGAGGCUUGUAAGAGGUCAGGUGUAAAGCGUUUACUAUACUGUAGCUCGGCCGGUGUAAUAUUAGGAUAUGACGACAUUGUAGAUGGCACGGAGGACGAUUUAUCAUAUCCUACAGAACAUAUGUUCUCUGUUUAUGGUAAAACCAAGCAACAGGCGGAACAACUUGUAUUAAAAGCAAAUGAUGAGACAUUGCAAACAGUUGCUAUUAGGCCUUCUGCAAUAUAUGGAGACUUGGACUGGAGAACAUUUGGUCAAAUGUAUGGUAAUUCAUUUACAAAGGCUACUGGAUACUAUAUACAUGUUGAUUUUUCCUUUAAGAAAUGUGAUUGGGUUUAUGUUGGUAACGUAGCUUGGUCGUUUAUACAAGCAGAUAACGCUCUACGUGACAACAAGAAUCCUGAUGCCGCUGGUCAAAGCUAUUUUAUCAUUGAUGAUACACCCAUAAUGGGUCGACAGAAUGCGUUGUUUGAAAUGGUGAAAGACAGUGGUCUACGAUGUUUUAUUCUUUCGCCGCCAAUGUGGUUGCAAGUACAACUGAUGCGAGUAAUACUCUGUGUAUUAACAUUUCUGUCGUUGUUUUGGAAGGUGGAUUUCCCUUUAGGUAAAUGGAUCGUUCGUAUGAGAAAUAAGACUUGGCUUUUAAGUAGAAAGAAAGCAGAGAGAAUUCUAGGGUAUAAGCCAUUGUUUAAACACGACGAAGUGAAGAAAAGAGUUACAAAAUUUAUUAAGUCUAUUUCAAGGUGAUACAUCUCUUGCAAUUUAUGUGCAAAUUUAUGUGCAAUAGGAUGAAUAAUUAACAAUGUAUAUAAUACAAUGUAUUAUAUUUUUUUUCAAAAUUUGACAGCCAUGUUUUAUAUGCGAAUAAUUCAUUGUUCGAAUUCACAUAUUGAAACAAAUAAAAUGAAAAAUAUGUAUAUAAAAAUUAUCAAAAUUAUGAAAUUAAUAAAAUAUGCUAGAAAUGAAACACACUAUCUAUGAACUUAUGUUUCAUAUACAUGUUACUAAAAAAUUAAAGAUCAGUUUGUGAAAACUA